AUGGUGUGCAGACCUACAUGUUUUGGUGGCUUGGGAAUAAAGAGAUCUGCUGAUAUGAAUAGGGCUAUGCUUGCUAAAGCUAGUUGGAGGAUGGCCCAAGGCGAUAAUGGUCUUUGGAAUAAGAUCUACCAGCAGAAAUACCUGCAUUCUAGCUCUAUGUUCCAGGAUAACUACAAGAAGCCUUCUAACUGUUCUCCUACCUGGACUGCUAUUGUUUCUGGUGCUAGUUUGUUGAAUAAAGGCAUGCGUUGGAGAAUUGGAAAUGGUUGUACUGCCAAAUUUGGAGUGAUAAAUGCUCUCCUUGUGUGGAGGUGUAAGUGCAUUUUUGAGGAGAGGUUCCGGUAUCCCUAUAACUUUACUGAUGUCAUUCUUAACUAUGCUGCUGAAUGGACCAAGGCAUCUGCCAAGCAUAAGGUGCAAAGAGUUGAACAGGUGGAAGCUUUAUCUUGGAUCAAACCUGUUCUUGGAGUUCACAAAUUAAAUGUUGAUGGUUCAAGAACCAGAGCUGGUGAUAUUGGUGCUGGAGGGAUCAUUAGGGAUAGCAGUGGUUGCUGGUGUGGUGGUUUUAUGGUUAAUAUUGGUGCUGGCGAAGUUUUACAAGCAGAAGCUUGGGGCCUUUUCUAUGGCAUUCAACUGGCCUUUAGUAUGAAAAUUCCUAAGUUGGAGAUAGAAUCUGAUUCUGUUGUUCUGGUUAAUUUGCUGCAGAAUUCUGAUAUGGAUGUUCACCCUCUAGGCACCAUUGUGCUGAAUUGUAGAGCUAUGAUGCAGCAUUUUGACUUUGUCCAGAUUAAGCAUAUUCACAAGGAGAGGAACAUGGUGGCUGAUUUAUUGGCCAAAAACAGCCCUCUUAAUGCUAAGGGAAUCUGCAUUUUCAAUGAGCCUCCUGAUCUUGUCACUAAUGCUCUGCUGGAUGACAUUGUUGGAGUUACAAGAUGUAGGACUGUUAGUAUCAGCAGUGCUGGUUAA